GCGCUAGACAGCGAAAAAAAUACUUUACGGACGUUUUGAUCCAUGACCAUAAACUUGUUAACAUUUAUGGCUUAUAUUUAUAAAACAAUCAAGCAUGUAAUACAUACUAGUGAAAUUAGCUUAUCUUAUAUUUCAAGAAAAAAACAAGAUAAAAAAUGAGUAAUCAAAAACAAAAAGCAGACAAGAAAGUUGUUAUUCUUGGAAGUGCAGAAGUUGGCAAAACAUGUCUUAUUCGUAGAUACAUCGAAAACACUUAUGUCAAAGAUAUUUCCAGCACAAUCGGUUGUUCUUUCUUUUUAAAGCAAUGGGGAAACAAAAAUAUAGCUUUAUGGGACACUGCUGGUCAAGAAGUAUUUUCUGGUCUAACUAAUUUUUACUGUCGUGGUGCUCACGCUGUUAUACUUUGUUAUAGUUUAGUUGAUCGUGCAAGCUUUAAUGAUAUUGACACACGUCACAAAAGAUUGCUUGAUACAGUUUCAGAAAAUUGUAUUAUAGUUUUAGUAGGAACUAAAAUGGAUUUAUUAGAUAAUAAGAUAAAUAAAGAUUUAACUAAAAGAGCUGUUUUACCUGAAGAAGCUUUGGCGAAAUCACUGGAGUUUAUGGAAAGGUUUCAAUCUCUGAAACAUCCCAAAGGAAACCUACCAGUUUUUGAAACAAGUUCAAAAGAAAAUAUUCAAAUUAAAGAGUUGUUUGAGUUUGUGUUUGAAACUUUGGAGCCCGAAACAUGCCUCUUAUCAGAACCUUAUACCCCCAAAGGAGUAAUUACAUUAAAUUCUCCUAAAGUUGUUACAAAAAAGAAAUGUUGCUAAAGCUUAUCAAACCUUAAAAGUUUAAAAUUGAUAUUCUGACUAUUGCAAUAAUAA